AUGACUACCUUGGGCGACCUUGAGCUGUCUACCCUUAGGGCAGAAAACUAUCAGGGACUUGCGAGAGUGCCUCUACAGUCCUUAAAAUUUAACCAUCCGCUCGUUCAACAGAAGCACCGUGAAAUCUCAGAGAAGAAUAUCCAACGACUUUGCAAUGUCUUCGCGCGGAGCAGCUGCCAACGCUUGCAACAAGAAAACUACAUUAACGCAAUUGUUGGCCAGUCAGAGCUCGUAGGCUCGUUGGCGGCUAUUGGUAUGACACCAAGUCAAAUGUUGAAACUCCAAGAGGGCGACAAUCUGCCAUAUCUUUCCCUAGACUCAGUGUUUUGCCUGUCUGGCUUGCACCGGGUAGAGGCCGCGAAGCGAUAUCUGCCAAGCAGUGAUCAAUGGUGGGUGGUACGACUCUACUCAGGGAAUUCGCCAAAAGAACUACUGUUAAGAGAUAUUGAGGCCUAUACGAACGAGCAGAGGCCACCAGAUGGGGAGGUCUUCCGGAAGAUACGCAUAUACCAUAAUUGUGGAGACAUUGAAUCCGAGAACAGGUGGUGGACUUAUCUAGACAAUUCAAAACCAAAAGACCUGCGCCAGCUUAUAAAGCACAAAAAUCUGAUAUCAGCUUUUGAUGCCCUAGUUGACAUACCAGGCCUUUGGUCAAAAGUCCAUUUGGGAUCUCUCCACCGUCUCCUGAAAUUGCGUUGCGAUGAGGAAAUGAUUUGUUAUCUAAGCCAUGUUGAUACUACCUGGCGGAAGAUCCUAUCCUGCAAUUCGGGAAGCUUACCUGCUUCUGUUGUUGACUCUAAAACUGUUGAGAAGCUGCAACUUCUUAGACCGUGCGCCGACUCAGACAAGUACAUUAUCCAGAAAUUAAUGAAGGAACGAGUUCUCUUUCCUAAUAUACUCGAUGACAGCACUAGGCUUCGCUUGUUAGAAAACAUUUGCAGCCUUACCUGCCUUAUUCCGUCUUUGUGGACCUUUUUUGAGAACCUUAAAUUUCUCGAGCCUUGUUGCGAUUCUCUUCGGCAAAUUUUAGGCAACGACAUACACGGGACAUUGAAGUCAACACUGUUAAGCAGCUAUUCACCGCCAGCGAAGUCAUAUAUCCAGACGGACGCAAACUAUGAGGCAGAAUUUGAUAUCUCUGCUGAACCAGACGCUCUGGCGCAAAUUGCAUAUCUCGAGCUAUGGGCAUUCUGCGCCCGUCACCUAGACGGACUUACCACAUUUACGCCUCGGAAAGAAGCUAAGAAACCAAAGCCCUUGGUUAAAGGUCCUAACCCACUACUUUUGCAAUACCUCGCCAAGUUUGCUAUAAGCCGAGGAUUUCGUACCCAUAGGGCAUUACUUCUUUCUAAACAGGACUCGCAAACUGCACUAGCUAUCGAUUUUCUUAAGAAAGCAAAUCCUAUUGCUUCUGAUUACAGCAUAGAUCAAGUGAGAGCAGUUAUAGAUGCUGGAACGCGCCCUCCAUCUACUGUCCAAACAUUAAAAUCCCAAUCUGCGAUAUCAGAAAUCACCCCAGAGAGGCGUUGUGGUCGACCUUUUGAAGAUGACUAUGCUGUUGACAAGUUAACUCUCUUUCUUCCAUUGAUAUAUGGCGAUUAUAAAAGUUCAGAUGCUACCUUAGCAUUUGUCCGACAGGACCUUUUUACGCAUUUUUUCGGUCCAAUUAGGAUACUUGACACUCAACUUGGCCCUUCAGCUCAGGCUUCCUGGUUGCAGGUG